AUGAAUUUCGUCGCGGACAAUUUUUCCAUUUCGUCUCCGGUCAGUCGCGAGACAGGCAGUUGUGCCGCCUCGGUGUGGUCCCGGCUUUAAGUUGAUUUCCCAGUGUUGUUUACGGUUGUGAACUCAAGCCGAGCAUAUUGAGAAUCUACGAGCACAAAACUGCAUAAUCAGAUUUAACCGUUCGGAAAGCCGCUAGCGGAAAACUAUACUACGAGACACUCGCGUGUAGUACGAUAAUUUUUAUUUGCGUGGACUGCGGGCGGCGGUCCGAGGUGCAGCGACACGAAGAGAAGUCGCACGCGUGGUUCAGAAUUACUUUAUGCGAACCAAGUAUAAUGGAAAUGUAUUACAUAUAGGCUGGAGAAGUUCUCGGUUGUCAGACGCGUCGUACGGCGAACGGCACGUGGGGUCAGCCUACCCGGGGAUCUGAAAAAUCGAUCGCGGCAAGACGUUUGGGUGCAUUAACGGAACUGUUUACAAGUUUGUUGAGGAAAUUUCGGUCAGCUACGCCCUUCUGUCGGAUAAAACUACACCUAUGAACUUUUGGUGACGAUUCUAUAGUGUGCUAUAGUAGUACAUUCACGAAUUCGCAAAUUUCACACAAUUUUUUUUUUUUUUUGUCGCCCAGUUUUGUACGUUUUUUUUUUGUUUUUUGUGUUAGAUUCGCCUUGAUUAUUCGAACUCGUAAAAUGAUCGAUUCGUUCGCACCGACAUAAUUCGAUACUUACGAAUCCCGUUAUCGAACAUCAAAACUCUUCCGGUCUUAUAAAAUGACACAAAUGCAUUCAAAGAACAUUUGACUUUUAGCAAAAUAGCCGGUCAUACUUUUCGCGCGACUUUUUUAUACACCGCGCGUGAAAAAAAAACCCCCCAAUUGUAAUCAGCAACGUCGCGUAACUCUUUUCAAUCGCAUUAAAGAUAAUAAAUGUUAACCGACAAAUAACCGAUUCUGUUUUUAACCCGGUAAUAUUUGUUACGCCGCAGUUCUCACUUGUAGAUGGUCGGUAAAACGAACGACGCUGCCGUCCCCUUGAAUAUCUCGCGACGCAACGGAUUUUCGUACAAUGUUUCGGAACUUGACAUUAGGAAUUUUAAAUUUUCGUCGAGACGCACGUCUGCAGCGCCACUAACGGUGUACAAUGACUCGACGAAAAGCACAUGUACGGCUAAUACAACUAGAACGAAAGUAAAUAGCCGGCUGUUACGACGUUUCUAUUGCGUACGUUAUCACCGUUCAGAUAAGAUAAGAUGUCGACAAAUCCAUAAUCUCCCCGACGAAAAAAAAAGUACAGAAAUACGUUUUACAUCACAUUACGUUAUCGUUCGGUCUCGUUGUUGCGUCAAAAACGACCGCACGCUUGCGUUUCGUACGUUUUAUGCGUAAUUUUGGGAUUUCUGUGCGUUUAUAUUUAAUAUUAUUGAACGAAAAUAAAUACGUGUGGAUUUAAAUUUCGAAUUUUGUCGGUUUACGUUCUUGAUGCACGCACGACAUCCGGUGUAACGAAAAAUCGUCUAGACUCCCGACAGUUUUUCUACCGAAAAAAAAAAAAAAUAAUAACAAAAAGAUACGGACCUAACCGCGGUCGGGUCACGGUUGUAGCUGGUGAGAGAAGUUGGGAACAUAGAUGGGAAUUUCAUAUAUCUGCUGUAAUAUCUGCACGCAACGGUUAAUCAACGAAAAACGAUUCGGAGCGGCAAGCUCGGCCAAUAUAGUAUCGAUUUUUCAACAAUGUGCGUUUUUGCGACAGUUGAUAAACAACGAAAUUGUAAAAACUUCACGAUAACGAAAAAUUAAUAAAAACGGUUGCCGAUGGCGAUCGAUUCGUUUCGCCAAAAGAACUACUAGCUUUCCCACGUUAUCUCAAAUAUCAAUGAGAAUUUCGAGAAAUCGACUUUUUUUCAAAGUACCAAUUAGAGCCGAAACGCGACAAAAAAAUAAUCUCACUCGCCGCGUUUUCCGGGCGGACAUUUUUUUUACACGGUAUAAAAAAAUAACAACAAUAAACAUCAUUGUAAAACCAAUACGUUCCUCGCUCCGAAUCUAAAAAUACUAUACGGUGUAAACUUUACGUUGUAAAUAUCAUGUUUACACGCCGUGAAUGCUUUGCCAUCGCUGGACAACGGCGUGAAAUAUCAUAGUCGCGGCAACAAUAACGACUACAAUAAACGCGGUUCUCUAGGUCCGCGACGACCGGAAAUGCCGUCCGCGUCACCGAGGCGACCAAAGCGACCCAUCGGAAGCGCAAUUUAGACAUCGCGUACCGGGAGAUAUUUGGAAAAUCUCCGUUUUACCCGCUCGUUUCUCGCGUCUCACGGUACCCGGAUUCCGGUAGGAGGACGGUCGUUUUCCGAGAUGCGGUCGCCCCGUAUACGGGCCAAGAGGCCGUUACGCCCGCGCCCGCCGUCUCGGUCCGACUACCGGGUAACGCGCAAAAAAACAACGCAUACGAGUAAAAACCGGCCGAAUUUCGAUUCUAGAGUAAAAUCCCCCGUUACGAAACGCGCGUAGCGAGAACGGCGUUGUUACGGCCGUAGGGUUUUUCGCGAUUAUUAUUACGGAUUCACGGCCCGAUACGCAAUGGGUACGAAAACCGUUUUGUUUUUCAAACGGCUAAAACUUUUUUAACGUUGUCCGUGACUGUUCGAAAAACGCCCGUGCCCGUCGCAUCCGAGAAAUCGACGUCCCGUACGCUAGGUACGCUUUUAAUCUCGAACCGAAAUCAAGUCGGUUUCGCGCGUUCCGCGGAACCGUUGCAGAUUCGGCCGCACGAGUCGAAUGCGAAACGAAAUAUUAUCGGGUUUAUAGAAUUUUACCAUAGUGUUUUUGUCGGUCGAAUGGCCGACGAUGAUUAUCGUUUAUCUGGCUGUUGGGUUUUUUUUUUUUUUUUUUCCCCCCCUCCACUCCCCGACCGCGAAAAUAUAAUUACCGCGCGUCCGGCCGCGGAGGUCGAACGACGACGACGGCGACGACGACGACGACGACGACAACAACGACGACGACGACAACAACGAAAACAACGUUGUCGCGAUUUCGGGGAAGUCCCGAGCGAGCCGUCGAGGCGUCGUCGCGACGGCUCCGGUCUCGUGUCCGUUCGUGCGCGAUCGGCCACCGGUCGUAGGCUGCGGCGGCGGCGGUGUUGGCGGCGGCGGCGGCGGCGGUGUUGGCGGCGGCGGUGGCGGUGCGCGUGUGUGCGCGCCGGCCGUCACCGCGGCGCGGAGCGCCGGACGUCACGAGCGCGCCAGGUAUGGGUCGGCGACGUGAUCGCGGAGCUCUCCGGCCGGCCAGUGGCGGUCCGGACGUUCGUCGUGUGUCAUCUUCACGAGUGUACGCGUCCCGAACGACGAUCACGUGUCUCACGAUCGGGUUCUAACAAUAAUAAAAAUAAUACAGAAAAAUACGCCGAACGCAACACGCACGCGCCGGCACAACACAACAACAACCACAAUAAAUACACGAACACAACGAUAUCGUUAUAUUAUAUUGUUGUUUUUUCCGUUUUUUUUAUUUUUUUAUUUUUUCUGAUUUAUUUACGCACGCCGUCGCGUAACGCGCAAUAAUAUCAGUUUAUUUUUUCCGUCCGUAAAUCGGAUUUGUGUGCGGUCUCGUUUCGUUUCUUUUUUUUUUUUUCUCUCUUUUUCCACUGUUUCUCUACACUCGCGGCGUAAAUCGUAUCGUUUUUUUUUUUGUACGCCGUGCGAGUUUCCGAACAUGUACGGCGGUCGUCGUGAAGUUUCGACCCUGUGCGGCUCGCGGAAAUCGCACGUUUUUUCCGUCUGCCGCCGUCGGAUUCGUGCCGUCAAUAAAUAACGACGGAACGGGAAAACACGGUUUUCAACAGGUUAGAAAAACAAUAUUAUUUUUUUUUUUAUCGUAAUAUUUUUUUUUUCUAUCCCGCCCGACCCCCUUACACGGGCCGUUGCGGCCCGUCCGUUUGAAACGCGGACGAUAAUACGCGCGUACGAACGGUCUUCCGGUCGGAUUUUCACGCGACGCGUACUCUCCGCGUUUCGAAUGUUAUUCACGAAACCCGGAUUUUUCACACCGGGGCAAAAAAUGGUCCGUUUUGCGUUUCGAAAUCGAAAAAAGUAAAAACGUUUUUUUUUUUUUUCGAAACAGCGCGAACGCUUUUUCCCCCGUCCGUACCCCGGCCGAUCGCCGUAAUUUCGAGAACUCGGUAGAUUUUUAUCCCGAGCACGUAGUGGAAAAAAAAAAACAAAACUACUAUACAGUACGCGCCGUCGCGAUGAGAGGGGAUUCAGGGGUGGGGAGGCUUUUUUCGGGACGUGUUGAUAACGCGGGCGCUCGGACCGACUUUUCGACGCUGUCCGAAAUACGCGUACACAGUGUAAUUUAUCGGUCGGUUUUUUUUUUCUCAACGGUAGUCGUCCAGAUAUUAUAAAAUAGAGACGCGCGUGUCGAUUCGAAUUAUCGGACGAGAACAAACAUUUUUUUUUUUCCGACGUCUUAACGCCUUAACGUUCGAGACGGUGUAUUUUUCGUUUUAGCGGUAAAGCGGUCGUUGGAAUUCUCCCCGGGGGUAGUCUCGCGGGGUUCUUGGGGGAUGGUGAGCGGUGGGGGCCGCCGUUAAUGUGUCGUCCGUCGUAAUCGCGUUUUAAUUGCACACGUAGACCGAACGGACGGACGGACUUAAAUAUAAUUUUUUUUUUACCUGUAUACACUGCAGGUAUAAGCACGUCGUACGUCGUACGCGACGAGCAAAUUGAAAUUUAAAAAAAAAAAAAAAAACGGUAUUAUUGUUCGAACGACACAUCCGGUGGAAAACGCUGAACGGCCAUUAAUAAAAAAAAAAAAAAAAAAAAAAAUUAAUAAUAAUAAUAAUAAAAAUUUGCAAAAAUAAAAACACCCGCGCGACGAUAAAUUUCGCCCGACCGACGAAAUUCUAUUCCGUCGCCGUCGCGAGCCGUUUCACAAGACGUUUUUCGAUGAUAUUAUGUCUGCGACGGGAAAAAAAAUGCACCAAAUCGACACAAAAAAAAAAAAAAAAAAAAAAAAAAAAAAAUUCGUUCCGAUAUUACAAAUUGGAUUUUCCGCGCCACUUCUAUUUAAAAAAAAAACGGUAAAAAAAAAUUAAUAAUAAUUACAAUGAUAAUAACGACGAAAUAAAAACGUAAUUUAUUUUUAGGACUCGUCGUUGGGAUUCGAUACAAUGAUAAUCCCGUCGAAACGAGUGUUAGGAAUACUUCGAAUCUAAAACAGUAUAAUGAUAUCAAGACCGCAAAAUUUCAAAACCCGCAUGUUUUUACCAACCGUUCGCAAUCGCCGAUGAUAAAAAAUUUCGGGGCUCGGAUUUUACAACACCGAAACGCGGGGUUUUUUUUUCUUUCAACACACAAACCGUUGAGAAGUCAUCGCGUAUUUUAAUUACGAAACCGCACGGACGACGGUUGUUUUCCCGUACAGUUUACGAAAAAUAACGAAACAAACCGUGUAGGUCGUAAGUCUUACCGUCGGACUUGGUUCGGCGUGAGUCUUGCGACAACAACACGACGGUAAAAUCGUCAGACGCGUCACGCGGACGCGACGAACCCGCGGACGUUUCGACGUGGCCGGUCGCCGUAAAUUAAUAUUUUAUAGUUUUUUUUUUUUUUUAUUUUUUUUAUUUCUAACGACGUUUUAUCGAAACGCCGUACGACGACCGACGCGUUUCGAUUAUCGUUAAUUAUUAUUAUCGCCGUUCCCGAUUCCCCAUCAUAACGACCGUUUUGUGCGUACCGAUUAGGGUUCCGGAGGGAUCCCGUGCGUUUGAAAAAGAAAAAAAAACACUCGUAAGACCAAAACGAUGAUUUCCGCGGUGAAAAUAUAUCGAAAAAUCGAAAAAACUACGGGUAUUUCCCCGUACGAGAACGACACGAUUCGGCUAAUGACGGGAGACAGGUCUGCAGGUUUCUCCGAGAGUUUUAUUUAUUUUUUUUUUUACGCUGUUUUUCCCAUCGAGAUUGUUCCGGCAAAUAUACGCGAAAGAUUAUUUAUUUUUAAUUUCUCAACCCAACACGUAUUGGUAUGGAAAUGUACAAGUUAAAAUCCGAAAGAAAAAAAAAUGAUUUUUUUUUUUUAUAUAAAUAAAACGCAGGUGUUUACAAAUUUAAAAAAAAAAAAAAAUGUACGUAUACGUGUUACGGCUAAUGCGCGAUGAUCGACGCGUAUUAUAAUAAUCGUUUUCUGUGCGUUUGGCGAAAAUAUACAAAAUCGUUUUUUUCGGUAGGUUUUAAUGGAGCCGAAGUUACGCAGUUUUGUUUUUAUUUUUAUUUUUUUUUCGUACGAUUUUUAUCGGGUAAAAUUGCGGGUUUCCCGUAUACGCGACGCAGAAAUCCAAAAUGAAAUCCAAAACGAAAUUAAAAGCCGCCGACAAAUGUCUCGAUUUCAAAACCGUCAUUCGCGUAUUGGAUUACGAUUUUUUCGGCGAAUAUUGGCGAAUAAACGUUCUUGUCGGGGCGGAGACGUCCUUCGAUAUUCGGCCGUCGCUCUCGAAACGACCAGAUUGCGGAUUCGCGUUUGGAAAAUCCCGCGGGCCGUCUCUGUUUCGCAUUUUUUGUUAUUUUUUUUUUUUUUUUGUUCGUCUUUCUGGAACACCUUAGCGCCGCGCUCGUACACCGUAUAGAAUCUACGUUACGAUAUUUUAUGCAAAGUGAUGCGCGUACAUUGUCGUCUCGGUCGCGACAAUAAUUAACCCGGACGGCCCGGAAACGCCGUACGAAACGAAAAACGCCCGUCGUUUACCUAUAAAUAAUACAUAAGACGGGAAAAAAAAAAAGAAAAAAAAAGGGGCUGAAUAUUCAACAGUAUCAAUCGCUCGGUACGUACGCGCCGUCGGGGGAGGUACGCCGGCGCUUCCCGUUCAAACGUCGAACGUUAUUCGAAGGUAAUAAUUAAUUAGGCGCCCGCGUGUGGCCCAUACGUGUUGUUGGGUUAUAUUAUCAUAUUGUCGAGGAUUUCGUCGUGGAUGUACCGCCGCCCGAUGACCUUUGAACAGGGAUUCGGCGGGUGAAUGCCGUACGCGCACGACCCGCCUGCUUGUCAUUAACGAAACGACGACGGCGAAAAACGGCGCAUCCUGCCAUUGUGUCCAUUGUCGAAAAAUGCAUAAUGACUUUCGAACGCCGCGGCGCAUUAUAAACUCGCCGUAAACUCGCACGGAAAUACUGUGCGUGCCGCGUUCCGUUCGCCCGGACGAUUUCGGCCCGUAUUUAUUGUCGCGUCGCCGUUUACCGAUUUUGCGGGUCCCGGAUGAUAUUCGUGUUUUCGCAGUGACGCGUUCCGUCACGAAGCUUCAAGAUAUUGCGGGGGCGGAAAUCGAAGACGAAUCGGCUUUACAAUAAGGAUACGAAUCGCGGGCGGAGAAACCCGAACUCUACGCACGUUGAACCGCUAAGAAAACGGCGGGGAAAACGCCGAAACGACCGAAGACGACGGCGUUACACGGUCGACGAUAGGUGCGAGAUUUACGAGAGGUUUAGCGAUGAAAAAAAAAAAAAAAAAUCUAUUGCUACCGCGCUCCGCUAUACGGGGCGAUUUUUUUUUUUUUUAUCACGAACCAGCAAUUAUUAUCUCGGAGGAUUUUAUGCGAAUUUGAUUUCUGUUUUUUCUAAUCAUUACGGAACCGUUUAGGCAUCGUUUUAAAACCGUUUUUAAUUCAUUACCCCGGCUGCUCCGGAUACCUUAAAUAAGCGCACACUUUUGAUUUGCAAAUAGGAAUCCAACCCCAUUUAAAGGAAAAUUUUUCUAGAAAAGUUGAUAUGCAUAACACUUGUAUCGGAUUUACCGUUUAUGAGUUAUAACAGUUUAAAGUUUAGACCGUUGUUCACUCAUAUUAUUCACGAAAUCAAAAACGGUUUGAAAAUGACGCUCAAACGAUUCCAUUGUGAUCAGAAAAGACAGUGAUCGAAUUCGCACAAAAUGCUCCGAGAUAAUAGUUGCCGGUUCACGAUAAACAAAAAAAAAAUCCGCCCUGUAUUGUACGAUAACGUUCUGUAUGCACGCGUUUUACCAAUCAAACACAACACGCAUAAUAUGCGCAAAUAUUUACUGUUACGGCGUCGUGUCGUAACGUUUUCGUUGUUUUUUUCUUUGUUUUUUUUUUUUUUUUUUUAAACGAUUAGAAAAAAACCAAUACUGUGUAACGUUCGCGCGCGCGUUGCACAGGAUAUUCGAUAUUAUUGUUUCAGAGUGUAUUCGCGCGGAGGGCAAUGGCGGGAAAAUUGAUUUUCGCGUGUUAUGAGUACGACCGCGCGCAACACGCCCGGACGAGAAUGUAGGCCGACGAAUCGCGGGCGGUGUUGUUGCCACACGCCGGAGCGAACCGCCGUGUUUGUAAACGUGUUUUCCGAAACGACGUUCCGGUGUUGCGAAAAAAAAAGAAAGAAAAAAAGAAAACACGCGUAUCGACGGAAAAAGAAAUGACGACGACUUCUUGGGACUGGGGGGAGUGUCGGCUGCGAUUUCGGACGAAAACCCGACAGGUCUCCGCGCGCGUAGGAGUGUAUUUUUAUCGGGCGGCGACGGGGCGCGACGCGAGCACGGCAACGGUUUCCCCGAUGGGGGCAGUUAAGAAUCGGCCGGAAAAAUCCGUUGAAAAAAAAAAAUAAUUAUGACUAUUUCUAUUUUUAAAAGGCGAAUCAUGAAGCGCAGUGCGGGUCCACUCCAGUGCAUGUACGGUCGCGUUCCGAGCGUAACGGUAGAUCGCCGCGAACGGAACACUUUGGUCGAAAAUAAGAGAGUAUAAUUUCUCCCCUCCCUUCCCCUACCUCCAUAGAAUGUAACAUCGAACGCGUUCGGUUUUGCCGUAGAAAUCGUUCAAAACGGAAACGUUAUGAAAUCGUACCUGAUGAAUUAUUAUAAUCGUUUUCGAAUGUUCUUCGUUACGGUAUUAUUGAAGUUUUAACGGCGAAAUCCCUUUUUGGUGUCUAUCGAUUGUUGUCAGAUUGUUUGGACGUCUCGCCGUCGCCGGUGGAUGUCGGUAGUCGUGACGGGCAGCGGCGUACCUUGUCGCGCUUAAAACCGUAAAAAAAUAAACCACAGAAAAAAAAAUAAAAUACAUAAGUGAUACUAGAGACGAGUGAGUACGGCCGCUGUUGGGAGUGAAAAUUCGGGAACGUAGGACGCAGAGGGGAAUUUGAUUUAUAUCUGUACGAUUUAAUCUAACGGAAAACGAUACUGAGCGGAACUUUUUCAACAAUGUGCGUUUUCACGACAACGAUUGUUUAAAAAAGAUUUAAAAUAAUAAAAACUCAAUAAUAACGAAAUAGUAAAUAAAAACGGUUGCCGGUGACAACUUGAAUUUUUAAUAUUAUUUAACCUAACCUAACUAUUUUUUUCCUGGUGAUCAUUUCAAACAAUUAUUACUGCCGUUCCAAAGAUAUCAACUGCAGAAUUAAAAUGUGACAAAAAAUGUUUCUUGUUUUUGAUUUUCACCGAGAUUUCUUGGAGAAAAGUGGUUUAUAGACAAAUAAAAACAACACGCAUCGUAGUAAAACGACGGAUCUCUCGCUUCGCCGAGAAUCUAAAAAAAAAUAAAUAAAUUAUCUAAAAAGAGUUUUGAAAGUCCUGACGGCUUCGACCCCGCGACUGCGAUAUUGUCUGCAGACACUACACAAUCGGUUAACGCGUAGUAAUUUUUCUUAAAAAUAAAAUUGCGACUAAUGCAAACAACUUUGCGACGUCAAUCGUCCGUGUAGUGUUUGAAAAUAUUAUAAUGGCAGUUGACGAGUUGAGAGAUUUCAAACGGUUCUUUGGUUUUUUCCGAGAGGUUCUUUGACGUUUUAAAGCGCUUUUUUUUUUUUUUUUUUUUUUUUCUAAGUGACGCAUAUCAACAAUUAUUACACCGAAUCCCCGAUUGAUCAUCGGUGACCGCGACCGAACCGAACGCGUGUCUUGUCCUCGGGUCGUUCGCUCCAGUGCCGCGCGGAUAUUUUUUCCGCGAUACGUCCGCGUCGUCGCACGGCGGCCGGCUCGCGGGUCGGUGUAGAGGGGGAAGUCGUGAGAGGGGGGACGGACAGUGGCGAUGGGGAACAGUCUCCGCGGACACUGUGACGGCGGCGGCGCGUUGCCUAACGGAUCGUCUCCGUCGCGGAGAGGAGGACACGGUCCGCGUCUUUUGGUACGUGCGCGAGUGGGUAGGCUCUUGUCCGGGCGCGGGCGACCAAUAGCACGUGCGUUUCGAUUCGGAUUUUUUUAAUUUUUUUUUUUUACCUACCGCUCCUCGCACGCUUCGUCGGAUACUUCGGCGGCGGCGGCGGCGGCGGCGGCGUCCGUACGAGGGUCGCGGAAUGUCCAUUGUCACGUGUGCAUUGUCGGCCGUAAACACGGGUACACACACCGUAACGACGUGGUGCGCCGAGGGGACGGGUAUUGCGGGUACGCGGGGCGACCCGCGGAUCGUUGCGCAACGCGACGUUUCGAAACGCCGUCGUCCCCCCACGUACGCGGCGUACAGGGUGCAUCAGGACCGUUUGGCAUUUGCGCUCAGUAACCGCACGGUAGUUGAAAACCUGUCACGGUUACGCGGUACGCGCGAAAAAUGCGUUUUGUGUGUGAUCGUAUGCACGCGACGGGGCCGCGUUUAUACGUUUAUGCCCGAGCGCGAACCACAGCUGCAGGAUCACCCGGUGUUACAAUGACUUCUCCUCGGACUGGUUGCGGACAUUUGGAUUCAUCAGUACCGCGCGCGCGACUCCGGGAAAACCGCCGCGGUCGUCGCGCGCGCGUGUUGUUCCGGUUCCGCCGCGUGAAAACCGUCCGCGAAUCGCUCCGGGAAACGGCCGCGUAGGAGUAUGGACGGGGAGGGGGGCCCGGGCCGGCGGAGGGGGCCCACGCGCCGGCCUCCGUUUAUAGGCCGCGCGUGCGCUCGUCGCCCACUCGCGAAAAAAACGCUCCCACAAUAUUUACGCCCACCUACGCCGCCCACGUGAACAAUAACGAUAACGAUAAUGAUGAUAAAAGUAUAAUAACAGCAACAAUAACGAUAAUUUCGAAAUCGUUUUAUUUUCCUUCCUUCAAACUUCUCGUGCUCGCGCCACGUCGUCCCUAUCAGGUACCGGGCCGGGCCGCCACCGUCGCACACCCCGGCGUUCGGCCCGGCAAAGCGUACCGCGAAAUUUUUCCGAAAAUUUCGAUUCUCACGCGAAAUAAAUUACGCGUUCGGGUCGGAUGGAUGCGGUCCGGCCGUCACGGUUCGGCGCGCACGGGAAGGAACAGAAAUUCGCGCCGCCUCCUUCUCCGUCUCCUCCUUUUCCUCGUCCUCCUCCUCCUCCGCUAAUCGCCGACGCGGAAAAACUAUAUUAUCAUCGUCGUCGUACAACGAUAGAGAGAGAGAGAGAGAGAAAAAAAAACGUUAUCCGAGUUAUUAUACAUCUAUUACAGAGUUACGUGCGUGCGAAACGGAGGAGGAUCGACCGCCCAAAUACGCGUUGCCCCGUCGUCGUGAGAUUUAUCCGCACCGCAAUCUGUACAGGCACUGCGUAAUUACGUCGGCUUAGAAAUUUCAGAGCUGCGGGAAUUAAGAACGGAGGCGAGCCCGAGUCUUCGGAUAUUUACGGCGCGGAUCGUGUCCGAUGCGACAAAAGCCGUUAAAAUAAUAACAGUGAACGCAUAACAUAUAUUGGUACACUAUUAUUGAUUGUUCUGUAGGCGGAUCGUAUUUCAGAUUCGGAGCCUACCGAAUACCUCGCUCCGGUAUGUCAAACGUAGCGCCUUUUCCGAGUGGAAAUUUCAUUUUCUCGGUCACUUUUCGAUUUGAACGAAAACGGGAAAACGUGCGUAACGACGUGUACGAAAGAAACGUCGCUCCGGGUCGUUUUUUCGUCAGCGGCGGUUUCGUAGCCGCACGCGUAUAAUAACCGAAUUCCCCGCCGAUAUCGUAUCCCACCUUUACCGACUCGCAGCCUACGACAUCGGCCCGCCCGUCGCGCGCGCGCUACGUCCGUAUUCUCGGUGGGUCUCGCGACUCGUUUAUUUGUUUUCCCGUCGAGGGCCCGCGGGCAACAACCCUCGUGUUACGUGCCGCGGGCGUACGACGACCGCCGCGUGUUUAUCGAUUGGACGGCCGUCGCGCGGUUUCGCGGAACGGUGCGGCGCGGCGCGCCGGUGGUUAACGACCUCCGGUAACGUUAUAGAAAUCGAAACGGUUCACGGUCAUCGGCUGAGGAACGGGCGACCGGAGGGCGGCAACGGCGGUGGCGGCGGCGGCGGUUAACCUGUUGACGCUAGGCGCGCUCGCGCGAGCAACAGGUCGCGUACGCGGGCCGGGACAAUAUCCCGAACCCCCUCCCCCCCACCACCACCGCCGCCCCUCCCGCGCGCGACCCGCCGCCCGCCGUACCCUCCGAGUUUUACGCUCGCCCGUAGCCACGGCGUUUCGCAGUGUACGCUAGCGUACGCUAUAUACGCGCGCGACCGCGGUUUUAUUGUAUCGAUCCCUCCGGAAUCAAUGUCAAGGACGCCGUUCGGCGGAUUCCGACGGCUCCGCCAGCACGUGGCGCCGCGGCCGUACGCGCGGUUCCGUUCGAUUUUCCCGUAGGUUUGUUUUCGCGUCCGCUCCGCCGCCGCCCAUCCGCCGACCGUCCCGCGGACCGCUUCGGCUCGGCCGCGCGCGUCUCCCCGCGGCGUUUCGCCGGUCGCCGUGUUUUACGCAGUUAAAACGGCGGUGUCGGCCGCGGCGGACGCGCGUAGCAUCGCAAAUGUCGACCGUCGUUUUGCCGUCGAUAACGGAAACGCGGAAACCAGACGUACGAUUACGGACGCCGAAUGUGACCGGACGCGGUCGAUGGCGUUUUCGUUUCAACGACGGCGCGACGGACCCGAGCGAAAGCCUGGACGUCUUCGAGGUGAUUCGCGAUAUCGUUAAUCGUAUACAUCCGCAGCGGUCCGGUAUUUAUUAUUAUUAUUAUUAUUAUUUUUUUUUUUUUUCGGAAAACGAAAGCCGCUCGUAUCCGCUCGUUCUGCGAAAAUCCGCGGUGUUAUUCGUUUAAAACCUCCUGAUGCGUUGCGCGUAUUCCGGCGGUAGGACGACGCGGCGUUGGACUCUCGUGUGCAGGUCGCGGACGACACGAAUCGAAAAGGGCCGGUGACCGUUGAAAAUUGUUAUUAAUCUUUGUCGAAUCGCAAUUUGCCUGGGUAUCUCAUUUUCGAUACCGCGCAAUUGCCGCGCGCGUUCGAUCCGGACAAGAAAAUCCGUCGGCGCGAAACGGUGUUGGUCGAUAGUGAAUAAAUCGGUAUUUUCUUUGUUUUUAUAAAGUUCGACUUUGUAUCCUUUUUCACGAAAUCGGUUCAGAUAAUUGGCUUUUAGCGGUCAGAAACGAAAAUUCGCACAAGAUAACGUAUACGACAUAGUACGUUUUAUAGGCGAUUUUCAACCCGUUUCUAAAAGUCGUUUUUCAUCGACGGUACGGUGUAAUUUUACCGUGAAAACGCCCUCAAAUAUGUUAUUCACGACGUGUACUCUUUGUAUCCUAUAUAGAUUCCCGACCAGUUUUUAACGGUGACAAAAUUAAAAAAAAGCAACCGCACGCGACUGACUGAUCGAUCGAUACGCCGUCGUGGUAUAGUUUCGGUAGAUUUACGGGUCGGGUACCCGCGUUGUACCGGUGAAGAAAACACGACUACGCAAUAAUGUACUCGGCUCAGAAUCGUUUUUUUUUUUUUUUUUUUUUCGCGCUUGUGCGCUCGUCCGUCACUCUUACCGCGCGCGUCCCCGCGUCCCGUCCGGCCCGUAAUUUAUUAUUUCCCCUCAAAAAACGACUUUUGACUCUCGACGCGUCACGCGCGAUAAACUCGCGGGCGAUAACGAUCGUCCGCUCGCCCGCCGCCGCCGCCUCCGCGUUAUAACAGCCGCGCGCGCGGACUCUCGUGCACGGACGGGUAACCGCGCGUACGGUUACCGCGGCACGGCGCGGCAUAUUAUCGUCGCCGUCGUCGUCGCUGUUGUCGUCGCUGUUGUCGUCGCUGUUGGGCCGCGGCCGCGGGUCGUAAAUCGCGAAUCGGUACCGGGUUGCUCCCGCGAGAGCGCGCCCAUGCGUCACACGAUAAUACAACAUAAUAUCCCCCGUGGAUAUCGGCGGCGUGCGUACGUGCGCGCGAGUCGUCCGACCGGCGACACCGGUGAAAGUCCGCGCGGCAAUAAACGUCGACAUGUCCGCGUCGCGUCGUACAGUGCGCUCGCGAUGUCGUAAAGAAGUGAAGAAAACAAAAAAAAAAAAAAAACAACCCGCAGCCCGAUCGUCGUCGCCGACCCGUCACGAUUUAUCACGUCCGCGCGUCGCGUUCCACAGGUAGCCGCGCUGCGCGUAACGGACGUUUACACGGUCCCGCGGACCGGCGGUUUUCUCCGCGGAAUUCGAUUUCCGGCGUCUCUUCCCGCCCGCACGCCCUCCUCGCGGAUCCGCGCCGCGGUGGUUGGGGGGGAGGGCCGUUAGAAUAAAUCGCGGUCGUACCGAAAUGAUACGAUCGUGCGCGACGUCGAUCGCACACCGUAACCGCGACCCGCGUCCGGACGCGAUCACUUAUCGCGGUAUGCCUACAUUGAUGCAUACGCUUUUUUCGUGUGUAACGAUCGAGUUUGGAAAUCCCGAGGGGGAGGUGGGAGGUCGAUGGGUCCUCUCGCCCGUCCCGGGCCCGUCUCCGGUACGACGUCGCGUUUCUCCCGGUCGAACGCCAAUACGCAGUACGCCCGCGCUUUCGGUUUUCGAACGGGGCACGAGGUCAGUCACACGCCGCGGCCGCAGCCGUUGAAUCCGCCCGAACGGCAACGGCGGAAUGCCGAAAGCCGCGUUAAAAAAAAAAAAUCGAGUCGCUCGAUCGUCUCGCGACGUCCGCGCGCGUGCGGCGAGUUGUCCGGCCGUUUUCGUCUUCGUGUCCGUUCCCCGGAUAAUUACGCGAUUCGCGACCCGACGGACCGCCGUUCGAUGACGCCGAUCGAUAGCCGCGCGCGCGUGCCCGAAAUUCCUCCUCCCCCCUCCCAACACCUCCAUCGGGUCCGCCACCGACAGGACCGGAUCGCGGGCCAUGGGGGGGGGGAUUCGGAGCCAAAGGCCGAUUCGCGCCUUCGUAUC